CGUCAUUGUCUUUUCGGUAAAUAACGGAGCGACACGUGACUAUACUAACUAUCCCGACGAUGAAGUGGAAUCUCAAUUUCAUUUCUGUUUAGCAGACACAUCUCUGACUCACAUCGUUUCUCGGUCUCAGAGCCAGGUCCUCCAUAAUGUCUCACUGUGGCUAUUUCUCGCACGCGCGGUCCAAGGGGGAGAAGUUGGGGUACUACCGGGCUUCCGUUGCAUGUGGUCAUUGCCGAAAACGCAAGGCUAGAUGCAUGCCUGCAACCGGAGAUGCCCAAGGCAGAUGUACCAAUUGCGUCCGCUUGGGCCGCCAAUGUGUGGCAGUGAAAGUGGAAGUCAUGGAAGCCCUCGAUGUACUGGGGGGAGAUGAAACGCCCGAGAACAUUCUACAAGUCCAACGGCUGAUUGGACACGUUAGGGACGAGGCGCCUUCAGUGCCACCUCGCCAGAGAAGGAACAGGCUAAACCCGUCGCGCACGGCAAGGUUGAAGCCAGCGCCUUACAGCGGUGUCCUUCCUGCUAUAUCUCAGCCACUACGAAUGUAAAGUCAACAGAGAGUGCAUCAGCUUGGCAGUUCAUGAUUUCGACUAUGAGCAACCUUCCACCAU